AUGCACCCACGCCGCGCGCCGACGAAUCGUCACCGCUCGACGUCGACGGUGAUGAAGACGUACGCGCAGACGAUCGAGCUCAGAGCGGAUGGGGUGGAGGAAUACGUGCGAUUGCACGCGGCGGUGUGGCCCGAGGUCCUCUCGUCGCUGCGCUCGGUCGGUGUGUUGCAAAUGAAGAUUUGGACCAGUGGGCGACGCGCGUUCAUGUACAUGGAGACGACGGACGCGUUCGACCCGGACGUGGAUUUCCCUCGACACAUGGCGAUGUCGGAGAAGUGCGUGGAAUGGGGGGCGUUGACGCGGACUUUUCAAUCUCCGGUGGAAGAAGCGAAGGAGGGGGAGUGGUGGUGUCGCAUGGAGGAAUGUUUCGACAUGCGCGCCCAACUGUCGGCGCGGGAAGAGGACGCGUCGCGCGCGCCCGUUACUUGA